ACAUUGAAGAUACUCUUUUUCGCUCGUGCAUCGGUGUCUUCUUCCUGGGUAUACUAGACCUGAAUGGAUAAUUGAACGCCAGAGGAAGGUGAAGCUGCCACCGAAAGAUGCAUUCUGCGUUGAUGCUUCGACGGUUUUGUUGUAUCAAUGGAGCUUCUUCUUCUCUCAACCCCACACACAAGAAGAAGCAGCUUGUCUUCAUGGGUUCUCCUCAGGUCUCUGCAUCAGUUCUCGACGCCCUUCUCGAUGCAUCUACAGCUCCCGACUCCAUGUUUCAGGUUGCAGCAAUUGUAACACAGCCACCUUCUGGAAGAGAGAGAGGGAGAAAGGUGCUGCCUUCACCUGUGGCACAGCGUGCUAAUGAUAGAGGUUUCCCACAUGACCUCAUUUUGACACCUGAACGAGCUGGAGAGGAAACAUUCUUGUCCAAUUUGAGAGCUUUGCAGCCACACCUUUGUGUUACAGCAGCAUAUGGGAAUAUUUUACCUAGCAAGUUUCUGAAGAUUCCACUAUUGGGUACAGUCAAUAUACACCCAAGUCUGCUGCCUCUCUACCGUGGAGCUGCUCCUGUUCAAAGAGCAUUGCAGGAUGGCAUUAAAGAAACAGGAGUAUCACUUGCAUUCACAGUUCGUGCCCUGGAUGCAGGACCAGUCAUUGCCUCUGAAAAAGUAGAAGUUGAUGAUCAUAUAAAGGCACCAGAGUUACUUGAAUUGCUUUUUAAUGAAGGAUCUAAACUUUUGAUACAUGAACUAUCCUCGAUAUUUGAUGGAUCUGCAAUGGUGAAGGCCCAACCCCAAGACGACUCUAAGGCUACUUUGGCUCCUAAGCUUACACCUGAGGAGUCAUGGCUAUGCUUCAAUGAAGAUGCCUUAGUUCUACACAACAAGGUUCGGGCAUUUGCAGGUUGGCCUGGUACUAGAGCCAAAGUUUGCGCUCUUGACAGCAGCAAUGGUCAGCAAAGUAUCCUAGAGCUUAAAAUUAUCACCACAAGAGUUCGCAGCCAUAGCUAUAUUCAGGAUGGUGAUGAGGAUAGUGUGAAUUUUGUCGGAGGUGCAUUGGUGUUUCCAAGCGGUGGGAAAUCUGCUCUUGAGGUGUUGGAACUUCAGCUUCCUGGGAAGAAAGUUGUGAGUGCAACUGCAUUUUGGAAUGGCUUGCGAGGCAGAAAACUGAAGAAAUUGCAAUAGAAGGUAUCCUAUUUUGGCGGCAUUACUGGCUGCGGGUUGAGCAAUUUUUGUUUUGUUUUAUUAUUCUCACUUUUGUUCGGUGGAGGUUCCUACGACACCCCUACAUAGGCAUCAGUCACCCAAGAGGUAGGUAGCAAAAUGGGGGCUAUUUAUAUGAUCCUGAAAAUCAGAUA